UUAUACUGCCCAUCUCUGCAGAGGAACUUAAACGCUUGUGCCACCGGAAACCAUUGAAUUUCAUAUCGGAACCACUACACGAGGCUGCCUGCCUGCACCAUCGUCGACUGACAAGUGUUGUCAUAUUUUGUCGUUCACGGUCGCGUUAUUUUAACCCAGAGAACGAGCUGGCCUUGGAAGUUGAAAUGUCAGCCGGUGCCACAGUGCCGCUCACGCUUUCUCACUAGCCACGGUAACGUCAUCUUUUGCUGCCAAUAUCCUCGCAGGAAUCAGUAUGGAUGCGCUCUGGGUAUUCCUAAUGCUGCUGGUCCCACUUCUGCUAUGGACUAGCAGCACCUUUGUUUUUUAUUUCAAAAAGUGUUUCUACGUGGCUUAUAUGAUGGUUUUGGGUGCGAUUGCGAUUCCGCUUAGUAUUCUGAAAUGCGGAGGCAGGGACGUUGAAAACAUGAGGGUGGUCCGUGCUCUGGUUCGUCAUGUUAAGUACUUCCUGGGUCUGCGGUUCGAUGUGAGUGGCUUGGAACACCUGCAGACAGAGGGACCCUACGUCAUCAUUUCCAACCACCAGAGCUCCUUGGAUGUUCUGGGUCUAAUGGAGGUUCUCCCAGAUCGUUGCACCAUGAUUGCCAAGAAGGAGCUGGUGUACGCGGGCACGGUGGGCAUUGUGUCCUGGCUGGGCGGCAUCGUCUUCAUCAACCGCAACAAGACCAGCGAUGCCAAGAGCGUCAUGGCCGACGCUGCCAAGACCAUGCUGGACGACCAGAUCCGGCUGUGGGUGUUCCCUGAGGGCACACGGAACCAGAGGGGCGACCUGCUGCCCUUCAAGAAGGGAGCCUUCCACCUGGCAGUGCAGGCUCAGGCUCCUAUCAUCCCCAUUGUGUUCUCAUCCUACAGUAACUUCUACCUACGUAAAGAAAAGCUGUUCAACUCGGGGACCAUCAAGUUGAAGAUCCUUCCGAAGAUUGAGACGAAGGGCAUGACGUCAGACGACGUGGCCGGCCUCUCCGACAAGUCCUACGACCUCAUGCGCUCAGUCUUCCUGAGCAUCUCUGGCUUCGCCCCCAUAACCCAGAACAACGGGCCCCCCUCACACCACUGAACAUUUCCCAUGUCCGAGACACCAAAACCUACCCCACCCAUUUUAAAAUGUUUAUUUCUCCCCCAUCCUCCGCAUCGUCCCAGCUCCCUACCUACGUACCUACUGUUUAGGUCAAAUAUAUUGGCACCCUUAAGGUGCAGAAUGUUCCAUUUUCUCUUUUCAAAACUGUUUGAAUGGACCUGCAACUUACCACAGGUGUGAGAUAAAUUACACAACGAGAUAUUGCCUCUUAAGAGUCCAGGACAUUUUUCUUUGAAAUGUGCAGUUGUAAACACAGUUUUCAAUUUCAACUUGUUUUUGAAGAAAUAGAGAAUUGUGCAAGGGUGCCAAUAUAUUUGACCACAUCUGUACCAGGAUACAACGCACACACCAGGCCUCUGUCAUGAACUCAUCUGUUGUUUUGGCCUGGUAUAGUUUGGUUCUGGUUGGCUCCUGCUCUGAGCCAGCCCCCAUACAGUGCAGUCCUGACUCCUCACGACAGAAGACCUGUUGGCUCUGCAGGUUAUGAGUAGAGUGACGGACCGACGGCAAGCAAAACAAAAUACAUUAUUAAUGUGCGUUCAUCAUGCAUGCUUGGGGAUACCUUUUUUCUACCUCCACCUUUUUAAAAGAGGCUUUAUUGUUGUCUUUUUAUUUUUAUUUUAAAAAAAAUUGUUUACCGUUCAGUGGUGGUACUUUCGCUUUUUCCCCUUCCUUCUGGCUCAACUUUUUUGUUUUUUCAUAUGUUGACGGUGGAUAUUUUUAUUUUCCUCUGGUGCUGCCUUAACUUUUUUUCUUAAUGUGCUAUAAAAGACACGCACAGCACACAACCACCCUGCUUUAACACACGCAAACCACUCCCACCGCUAACACACACGCACAACACACCACGGUACCCCCUCCCCCAACACCCCACCCAACCCCAGUAUAUCCUCCCCUGUUCUGUUGUGCAUACCAGCCUCUUGCAUCUUUUGAAGGAGUAGGGAACCAGGGUCUGGACCAUGGGUCUUGAGGGGAGAUGGAGGGCAACAGAGCGAAAGGAGAGGUCAGUAGUUGACCAGGGACUUGUUCUUCAUCUGUGUCUCAACUCUAUCGUUACAUGCAGUGCAUUCGGAGAGUAUUCAGACCCUUUUCCACAUUUUGUUACGUUACAGCCUUAUUCUAAAAAUGAUUAAAUCAUUUUUUCCCUUCAAUCGUCACGUAAUGACAAAGCAAAAAGAGGUCUUUUAGAAAUGUUUGCAAAUUUUUUUUAAGAAAAAAAAAAGCUCUGCAGAAAUGUUUUGGUACACUUGCCUAGAUCUGUGCGUCGACACAGUCCUGUCUCGCAGCUCUACGGACAAUUGCUUCGACCUCAUGGAAUGAUUAUUGCUCUGACAUACACUGUCAACUGUUUUAAUAUUGACAGGUGUGUGCUUUUCCAAAUCAUGUCCAAUCAAUUGAAUUUAUCACAGGUGGACUCCCAAGUUGUAGAAACAUCAGGAUGAUCCAUGUUAACCUGAGCUCAAUUUCAAGUCUCAUAUCAAAGGGUCUGAAUACUUAUGUAAAUAAGCCAUUUCUGUUUAUUUUUGAUGAAGUUGCAAAAAUGUCAACUUGUUUUUCACUUUGUCACAAUUAGGGAAUUGUGUGUAGAUGAGGAUUCUUUUUUUUUUUUUUUUUAAACCGUUUUUAGAAUGGGCUGUAACGUAACAGUGAAAAAAGUCAAGGGGUCUGAAUACUUUCUGAAUGCACUGUACAUACCACACUUGCUUCUCAAUCCAUGUGAUCAAAAUAGCUCAAUGACAUACUGUCACGACGCCAAACAACAAGCUAUACAAAGUACAACGACGAUGAGAACAAUCAUCAGUGAAUUCAUGGACUCUAGUGGACUCAACGAUUUACAAACACUGUGCAUUGUUGGUGUACUAGGCUGGCAGGUAGCCUAGUGGUUAGAGCAUUGUGCCAGUAACCAGACGGUAACUAGUUUGAAUUCCAGAGCCAACAAGGUGAAAAAUCUGUCUGUGCCCUUGAGCAAGGCACUUAAACCUAAUUGCGCCAGGGCCGCUGUUGAUAAUGGCAGACCCUGGCCGUGACCUCUCUCUGAGGGUGUCUCGGGAGUUGGGAUAUGCAAAAAUACACAUUUCCACAUAUGUAUUAAUACACAUUGUACAUGUGUGAAAUAGGACAUAAACAAGCACCCACCAAAUUAUUAUUAAUUAUUUUCCCCCAACAGCUUAGAAAUAACAUUGUACAAAAAGUGUAUUUUCUUCAGCUGUGUUAUAUAUUUUGCUUUAUAUAUAUUUCUACAUAUGAUCGUUUAUUUUGCUUGUUUGUAAUAAAACAACGGGCUCAUUUGGUAGAGGGUGAUGCUUAUAACACUAGGGCUGUGGGUUUGAUUCACUCAUACGUAACAUGUAUGCAGCCAUGACUAAAUCGCUGUAGGGUAAAAGUGUCUGCUAAAUGGCCUACACUUUUUUUGUCUUCUCAAAUAUCACUCUAUUUAAAGAAGUGUCAGAUGAUUUCAUGAAGUUCAAGAUUCCGUUUUGUGCCAUGUCAGUGUGCAAGUGUUUUAAACGUUACACAGUGGAGAGGUUUUACUGAGGGGGAGUGUUUUAAACGUUACACAGUGGAGAGAGGUUUUACUGAGGGGGAGUGUUUUUAAAACUACCACUGGGGAGUGAUCUAGAUGUUACAGUACAACGUGUUUUAAAUGUAACAAGUGAUCUGUUAGUGAUUGAUCGUUUUUCAUGGUUUCCAAUGACAUCUGUUACUCAUCCUCGCUGCACUGCAGUGAUGACGGUAGAGACAGUCGCCAGGUUUCACAUUUCAAAUCGAUUGUUUGACACGAAGUUGUUUUUAUGGUCCUCUUAACUAGAAUUUGUUACUAAUGGUGCAUUUCCAAUGAGGAUUUACCGCAGUGAUUUACCCAAGGCUCACACUUUUCGGUUUCUAUCUACGUGAUCCAGCAGCUGUCUCACUGGGCCAUGGCUCCGGCAGACCUGCUCUAACUUGGACGCAAGGCCCUAGGAACUUUUCCGCUGGCAUUUACAUAGCAAUGGCUAACUGAAAUGUAACGCCUUCCCACGAAACAACUGUCUUGAAUGAUGCAGAUGUUUUUGAUUCUGCACGUCCCAAGUCACUCUUGAUGUAAACACAAUUACACUAGAGCUUCCAUUUAACCAACACUGGCAACCCAUUGGUGUGGGGGUUAAGUCUUAAUGGAAAAGCACCAUAACUAACUACUAAUAAACUCUGCUCGUUUCAGCCUAGCCCAAAAAAUACAUAUCUGAAGAGGUGAAAUAGGAAUCAAAUGCUCCUCAAACUGAACACCACAAACCUGUAUUUUGCCAACCCCUGUGAUACCCGUAGUUAAGAAGUAAAAUAUAGCCUAAUAAAUUGAGCAAUUGUCAAUUGCUCUAAAACAAUCUUGGCAUCGUAACAGCACAGUAACGACUCUUGUAAGUCUUUUGCUUGGCCAAAUGUUCCCUAUUGGUACCUGGUAACUAGGAGGGCUGCUGUCCGAGUGGUUACCUUAGCUUUAUACUUGAGAAACGGGUCCUGUUUAUACUAUAGAUGAAUGAGGAAUAAGGAUAUGUGUUAAGGGAAUGUCUCAACACCUACUGUAGUUUUCUGACCAAUUUAUGAUGCGCAAAACUGAACUAAGAAUACAUUUAUUUUAUCGAUGGAUGGUGUAUGAUAUGUAAAGUCUGACUGCAGUUUAGAAGGCUUGGGCUAUUUAAAAAAUGGCUGAGAUUUGUGACGUUUUAGCUUUCUGUCAAAAGGUGGUACAGUAAUCAUCAAAUUUAGGAUUGUGAAGUAAUUAAACUUGAGGUUUAUAUUUUGUAAUUAAUAGACAGAUGACGUCUUACAGUACAUUAUUGAUACUUUUUAUUUAUGGCAAUACAGUUUCUUAUCAAUUGCGUAAAGAUCUUAACAUUUUUGUAUUCGCUGCUUUUACUUUACAGUUUGAUCAAAUGUCGCUUGCCGCUUUUUGCCUGUCAAAAACACCAGUGUGAGAAUGUAUUUCAGCAUUCAUCAUUUAUUUGUGUGCUACUCUAAACGCUGCCCACUUCUUAUAUCAUGCCCAAUUAUUGGCAAAAGCUGAUCUGUGGUUGAAAGACCAAUUAGUAAAAACGUAUCAGAAUUGUGCUACCUGUGUAUAUGCAGCCUUAAUUGCGUGUAACUUUUUUUUCUUUCAAGUAUAACAUAUUCCAAUAGAAUGUUAUCUUGCAUUAAUGUUGGUUUCUGACACUGCAAAAUGUGUCUGAAAUGUAUUUAUUUGAAAUUAAGUGUUAAAUUAACCUCUGGAAUGCAUUUUUAUUUAUAUCUUGUGCACCUAAACUUCCUGGGGAGCAACGUUUGUGGUCAAUCAAUUCAGAAAAUAAAUUGAAUUUACAGAUCCAAUUAUCCUUAAUUCUUCUAUGUCACAAAUAUGGAAUUAGAAUUUGUUUACUUCCUGAAAUGGUAUUGAUAAAUUGCUCCCGUUUGUAGGAGCGAAAACAUUGUGUUUCGUCUGGCAAUAAACCUGUAUACUACUACGCCUCUUCAUAGUCAAGUGGCUGCAAGAGCUUUAGUGUCACCUGCUGGACUCUUGGCUUAUACUUGGCUCCUAGGAGUAAAUCAACUCGGCCCUUGGGCUUUCCUCAUCUUUGUUAUUGAAGACCAAAAACACCAUUUAAGUAAAAUACAUACGCCAGUCGGUCCCGAUACAUACAAUUAAUCUGUGACAUCUGUUUUUGUUCACAGCAGAGAAUAUUUAUGAGUAUUUUUUUUGUUUUUUUUUGCUUAUCCUCAUGUGGGAGUGUUACAUUUGUUUAAUCCUGCAACAAAGAUGUUUUGAAUGUUUAAAGAUGCUACCAAUUUGGCACUAACCAAAUGUAAACUGUCAAUGAUUUUAGACAAUGGUCAAGAGUUGGCCUAUGAUUAUUUUCAUGGGCAUUUUAUAGCUCAACUUCCUAGUGUGUCAGCUAAUAGCGUCAUCGACUCGAUGACCGUGAUAACUCGACAGGCUCUGCAACACAACAGUGUUGGUUGAUCUGGUGUUUUUUUUUUACAAUUAAAUUGGAGAAAUAUUUAAAAUAUUCAUAAUUAUUAAUUAAGCACUUCAUGGUGAGUUUGGGUGGUAUAUAAAAAUGAUCUCAAAAUAUUCUAUGAGUUUCACCAAAGCUAUUAAAGUGUAAUCUGUUCGUAGCUUAAGAUAACUAUGUUCAACUGAGCUCGCCAAAGUGUCUUGUCUUAUGACAUCCUGGUGAGCCUUCUGUGUGUGAUGUUUGAUGAAUGCCUUGGGAAAUGAUAAAUAAAUGUCAUUUGUUUCUUUCUUAAA